CCAUAUCAAAGACCCGGCAAAGAUGAUGUUCUAAAUCUCGUCACAAAAAAAGACGAAAACGCCCAAUUUACUCCGCUUAAUUUGCAAAGAUGAGUGUAUCAAUCCAAUCACCUUCUUGGCUUCGAUAAGAAAGAAUAUCAGUUACAGACAACACAUAAUACAAAAUGACAUCUUCUCCUCUAGCAACUGGUCAAACCAGUAGCCCUCGUAUGUCAAAAUCACUUCAAAACACACCUCCUCCUUUUUCCCACAUGCCAAACUCAGAUCAUUUCAAUCAUCCAUUCAGCUCAAUGCGUUCUCCUGGUUCACCAAGCUCGCUUCGGCGUUCAUCGCCUUUGGCAUCCAAUAUGCCCUUUCGAUCCCCUCCCGUAGGCAGUUCGAGCAUAUUUCCCCAACGAAGAAGAUUCUCAGAACACAACCUUGGCGUGGGUAUGUCAAACUCUGGAAUGCGAACGUCAAGUUUCGGUAGUCUGGUAGGAUCGUAUGAAGAAUCUCUGUUGAACGGGAGAAUGUCUACUUUACCCUCUAAACCGCUCAUUUUUGAUGCUGAAUUAGGAGUUCUGGGACUGGGAAAGUGCAAAGCAUCGUUGAGAUGUCCACCGCAUAUAAACUUCAAAUUCCCUGCUCAUUUCUACAAUUUAGAAGGCGUGGCAGGCAAAGAAGGCAAAGCAUCUCCAUCUAGUCCAUACGUAGGAACGAUUGAUCUGGACACUUACUAUAUGGAUCGAUUACUGGACACAGGUCUGGAAAGUCUUGAUCUGGGUGAAGAUGAAGCAGAGAGCAGCGCAAAGAUGGAUGGAUUGAUGAUGAAAUCACAAGCGAUGUGCCCUUCCUCUCCUAGCAAAGGACUUCCGUUUGCCAGGCGCACGUUGCCGAGACCUGCAAAGCAGUCCAAGAAGCCUCAUUUUCCAGGCUACAGAGUUCCAGCGAAAGGACAAAUCCAACUUGUGAUCAAGAAUCCUAACUUGACUGCUGUCAAGGUGUUUUUGGUACCGUAUGAUUUGACAGAUAUGCCUGCUGGAACAAAAACUUUUGUUCGACAGAAAUGUCAUGCUGCUUCACCUACGACGCCCUUGUUGGAUUCAAAUGCGACGUUUCAAUCUGUUCCGAAUGGUUCUCCCAUCGCUACUACGUCUAAUCGUGCACCUGCAUCUGCAAAGGAAACGUUACGUUAUGCAGUCCAUCUGCAAUUUUGUGCCGUUCAAGCACCUGUGAAGCCUGGUAAAGCAGGCUUUGAAGGAGUUAGACGGUCAAAAAGAGAUGUGAACGGAGACAAGAUUGAUGUUGAUCAAGGAACGGGAAGUCGAUCAACGUCUAAAUCGGAACCUAGAAUCUAUUUGCACAAAUCGAUUCGAGUUGUAUUCUCGGCUCGUGUACCUGAUAAAUCGGAAAAGUUAACAAAUGCUACCGAAACACCGCGAGGAGCACAAGGAGAAGGAAUGUACAGCACAUACAAUGGACCAAGCGAAGAAUGGAAAUAUGCUCGACAAACUGCUAAAGAAAGAAUAUUUGCUUCACGGAGGUACGAUCAAGAUGAUCAAUCGGCUGCAUUUAUCAUUAAUUCAGAUCCGAAUGGAGAACGAUGGGAAGGAGGAGAUAUGGAAUUGGAUGAAUCAAAUAUGGAUCAAGAACAAAUCAAUGGAGUGGAAAUCACACCGCGAAGCAGUCAAGAUCGCAUGACGGAAGAUCGAGCAUUACUUGAGAAUUGGCAUGCUUCUUUAGCAUCUAGACCUACUCUUAUGCGUAGAAUAUCUUCACAAACAAGUAUAACACAUUCUUCUCAAAAGAGCUUGAGUAGUGGCCGUGGGCCUACGAGUAUGGAUUGAGAUACUUUGAUCAUCAUCAUCACUUCUUUAG